AAUACCCGAAUCCAACGAAUACAUUUAUUUACAAACACUACUUUGUUCAUUUCUCAAUCUUCCUCCGUCUCUGUACUCUUCCCUCUCGCUUUUCCUGUCUCUUUUUCUUUUUCCUUCUCUGGGGCCUUUUUACAAGCUCAUGGAGAGCAUAGCAUACUUCCUUUCCUUUGCCAUUGCUUUUAGCUGAAAUUUCAAUUUCUGCCCGUUAUCUUAAGGGACAGAGAGGAAAAGGGGUCCUUUUUCUGUGAUUGAUGAGAGGAUGGACGCAGCAGAGGAGGAGCUAGAGAGAAGAAGCAAGUUUCUCAAUAGUCUGAUCCAGAAGAAGAAAGCUGUAGAGCAACAGGAGCAUCAUGAUCGCUUCAAUGUCCGCCUCAGGGCUUGUGACAUGCCUCUCCCUCUGCAGAACCGCGCUUUUCGCUGCGCGCGUGAACACCUCGAUUCCAUGCCUGGCAAGAAGCUCGACAGUAAACGUCUUGCCCUAGCACUCAAGAAGGAAUUUGAUUCUUCCUAUGGUCCAGCUUGGCACUGCAUUGUGGGUACUAGCUUUGGUUCCUACGUUACACAUUCUCUUGGUGGUUUCUUGUAUUUUUCCAUCGACAAGGUUUAUAUCCUUCUCUUCAAGACAGCUGUUGAACCGUUAGAUCAUUGAUGAAUUCCAUGUCUUUUUUUCUUUUUGGGGAGUAACAUGCUUGUCUCUUUGCAAGAUUAAAACUUCAAAAAGAUUUACCAAUGCGUAAAAUCACAAAAUGGAAAAUCUCAAGACUUUUUAUA